AGAGGCAGGAGAGCCCGGGAGACCCGGGUGGGAAGCCCAGAGGCAGCGCGGGACCCUGAGCUGAGUCUGGAGCGAUCCUGGCCGAGCAGGCCUUGGGAGCCCGGGGGAGGGGGAGCCGAGUGACUGCAGACAGACUGACUGAGAGUCCCUUACCAAAUCCUGUGUCCCCCCCCUCCCCCCACACGCACAGGGUAUUUUGCCUUGGUUUUCUGAGCCAGAGUGUGGACCACAGUACCUUGGUCUGAGCCCUGUCCUGACUACAAGUUUUUCUCCUGGGCCCUCAGAGCGUCCCCCAGCCUCUUUUUUUUUGGACCUCACUGUGAUUCUCAGCCACUGUGGGAGACGUGGGCUCUUUUCUGAGUAGUCCCUGACUCACCCAGACCCCCUCAAAUUCCAGUGGGGUCCCAGAUUUGCUGUGAAUACUGGAGGCUUCCCCUUGCCUCUCUGAGACUUGGAAGGAUUUCUAACUUUACCAGUGAAAUCCCAAUUCUAACUCUUGUAUAGCCAGCCCAAAAGGGUUCUGAUUCCUCCUUUCUCAAAUUCUGAGCCUGAAGAAGCCUAAACUGUCUUUCAAAUACACGGAAGAGCUCAGCUCCUGUCUUAGAGACAAGUCCGAGGCUUACAGGAGACCCCAUCGGCAGCCUUCGGAGACUGAGCAAGUCUUUCCCCUUGGCCUCCUAAGUCCUCCUGGGUAAACCUCAGAGCAGUCUAGCUUUUUCUCUAGGCCUCACCUGUGCAAAGUUCCUGUGCACAAGCCCUGGUGGCAUCCUUAGGCCAAGAAUAUAGUUAGUUUGUUUCUCUCCUCGGGGUCAAAGGCUUCCACUCUUGCAUUUGGGGUUCAGCUUUUUCUCAUUCCCAAUCUAGUUGACACAGCCCACUACUUCUUUUGAAAGUCCAGGCCCUGCUCCCUGCCCCUUAGGCCUCUCUGCACAGGUCUUUCUGACUCCUUGAAGCUCUCCUGAGCCCCAGCCGAUCCCAUCAUCAUGAUGUGGUCUAACUUCUUCAUGCAAGAGGAAGACCGACGCCGGACAGCCGUGGGCCGGCGCCGUGCCCAAGAACAGCAGAAUCUCGGCCUGACUCCGGAGCGAGAGGGCAAGAUCAAGCUGGGCUUGCUGGUGGUGAUCGUGGGUGCCACUCUGGCUGUGCUGGCUGUGGGCACCGAGUUCUGGGUGGAACUCAACACGUACAAGUCCAACGGCAGUGCCGUCUGUGAGGCCGCCCAUUUGGGGCUGUGGAAGGUGUGCAUCAAGCGACUGUGGCAGGCGGAUGUGCCCGCGGGCAGGGAGACCUGUGGCCCAGCUGAGCUGCCCGGAGAAGCAAACUGCACCUACUUCAAAUUCUUCACCACGGGGGAAAAUGCGCACAUCUUCCAUCGAACCACCAAGAAAGGCCUGCUGCUCUUUGUCAGCCUGGAGGUGUUCCGGCAUUCCGUUAGAGCCCUGCUGCAGGGAGUCAACCCUGAGACCCCUCCAGCUCCACGCCUGGCCUAUGAGUAUUCCUGGUCCUUAGGCUGUGGUGUAGGCGCUGGUCUAAUCCUGCUGCUGGGGGGAGUCUGUUUCCUCCUGCUCACCUUGCCUUCCUGGCCCUGGAGGUCACUCUGCCCCAGGUGGGGCGGCCCAACCACCUAGAGCUCUGGCCUGCUAUCUGGAGGCAUCUGCCAACCCUGCCUCAGUUUCCAACUUUCUCCUCAAGACUUUUCAUCUCUCUUCUAGAGAAACUG